UUUUCUUUACUUAAAUUUGUUCAUCUUGCCUAUAAUUAUUGGGCAAUAUUUAUUGUUCGGAAUUCCAAGGCCAUAAUUGCAAUAUGUACAUUAAUUACUCUUUUAUGUACUUUAAAAGUUGUUAUGACACAAUAUAAAAAUGAUAUAACAGGAUAUACACCUUAUGGAGCUCGUUCUAGACAAGAAUUAGCCAUUCGAGAACAUUUUUUCAAUGACAAAGAUGGAGGAGGAUCCCCUUUUGGAGUAUUUUUGUUACUUUUACCAAAAAAACAAAAUAAUAAAGAUAAUGAUAAUUUUUUAAACGAAAAAAUGUUGAAUGAAGCAAUUAAAGUUGAUGAUAUUGUUAAUCAAAAUUUUCCUUUAUUUAAUUUAAACAAAAACCGUUCCGAAACUUUUUCUCAAUUUUGCCGUGAUUUUUGUGAAUUAAAUGAACCUUUGAGGAGAUUUCAAGAAGGGUUUCAACAUCAAAUACAACGUUUAGAAUCUAAUGAAACAUUAAAUCCUAAUAUUAAACUUAAUUAUCCUUUGAGUAGUAUUUUUGGGAGAACAUUUAACAUUCAGCCAAAUUUCUUCGGUAUUCAUUUAAAUACAAACAAUACUAACAACAACAGCAACAAUAUUGAAUUAUCUAAUAUGGCCAAAGUUGAAAUGGUUGCAUUAAUAUAUAAAGCAGAAAGAGUUGGGGGAUGGUCUGAUGAUGAAGUUAAAAAUUGGCAAUUGUCUGUAUCUAAAUAUUUUGAUGAUGAAAAAUUUAAUAGUUCUUUAAUUCGUGUUUUGAGUGUUUCUACAGCUUAUGUUGAAGUAGAAGUUGUUCGUGCUGGAUUAACUAUGCUUCCUUUUAUUAUUGUUGGUUUUGUAAUUAUGCUUUGUUGUUCUUCUGUUUUUGUUCUUUUAUCUGCUUCUUAUAUGAAUCAAUUUAAUUAUAAAAGACUUUGGUUAGCAUUAAUGGCUUGUUUGUGCCCUUUAAUGGCUAGCGGAACUGCUUUAGGUCUUUUAUUUCUUUUUGGUGUUCGUUUUGGCACAGUUCUUUGUGUUACUCCUUUUCUUGUUCUUGCAAUUGGUGUUGAUGAUGCUUAUUUAAUGAUACAUGCUUGGCAAAGAAUUAAAUCAAAAGAAAAAGAAAUAAAUCGAGGAAUUAUUGAAACAAUUAAGGAAAGGGUUACUAAAAGAAUGGCUUUGGUAUUAGUCGAUACUGGGCCUGCAAUUUUAAUUUCUGCUUUAACAAAUAUUUGUGCAGAUGCAAUAGGAUCAUUUACUGGAUCCCCAGAAAUUACACUUUUAUGUAUGGGAAGUAUGGCUGCAAUUACUGUUGAUUUUAUAUAUCAAAUUACUUUUUAUGCGGCAGUUAUAGCAUUAUUAGACGAAUCAGAAUUAAAAUCAGAACAAUUAAAUGAGAAUAAUAGAAAAUUAUGUUUGAGUAUAUUAAUUGGUUCUAAAGGAAUUUGUAAAAAUAAAACAAUUAAUCAAAGACCUAAAAAUAAGAUAUCCAAUAAUUUAUAUUUAAAUCUAAAGAACCAAUUAAACAAAACAACAAAACAAUAUGUUGGAUUUAUUAUGAACCCUUUAAUUUCUUUUAUUAUUUGCUUGUUUUGGAUUAUUUUUGUUAUAUUUUCUGUUAUUGGUGUUUCUCAUUUUAAAGUAAAUUUAAGCACGAAAAAACUUUUUGCAAGUGAUUCUUUACUUCUAGAGAUUGACCAUUACCGUGAACAACAAAUCGUUCCAUUAUUUACUAUGGCAACAAUUUUCGUUAAUAAUCCUGGUAAUUUAUCUAAUCCUGCACAAAUUCAACGUUUAAAUAAACUUGUUAAUGAAAUGGAAAGUUUACCAGAAAGUUGGGGGUCUUCAAGUACAAAUUAUUUUAUUAGACAUUUAUCUGAUUUUUUGGGAGAGGAAUCUUUAAAUGAUUUAAAUAAUGGAUUGAUAAAUGAAUUUUUGAAAUGGCCAGAGAAUAAACAUUGGAAGGCUUUUGUUAGGACAGAUGGAGAAAAUGGAACUUUAAAACGUUUUUUCUUUACAACUGCUUAUCAUGGAGAAAGUCUUAAAGAAUGGGCAGAACGUGCUAAUCUUCAAAAUAAAUGGCGUGAUAUUAUCGAUAAAUACAGUGAUUUAAAUGCUACUGUUUUCAACGAUGAGGGGUUAUUCCUCGAUUUAAUUAAUAAUAUGCCAACAGAUGCAUGGCAAUCAGCACUAGCAACAUUAAUUUGUAUGACAACAAUUUGUGCAUUAUUUAUGGGAGGAGAAUGGAGAACAGUUAUUUUAGCUGGUAUAAGUAUUGGCUCUAUAAUUUUGGGUACAUUGGGUAUUCUAGCUUGGAUGGAUAUUACUAUGGAUCCAAUUAUGAUGGCUGCUUUAGUAAUCUCAAUUGGAUUUAGUAUAGACAUCCCUGCCCAUGUUUCAUAUCACUUCUACAGUUCUGGUUUUGAUUUACCAAAACCAAUCAACAAAAAUGACCGACAUUUAUUCCUCAAUCAACGUUUAACAACUACUUUACUUGCUGUUGGAAUACCAGCAUUACAAGCAGCAAUAUCAACAUCAUUUUGUGUUCUUGCAUUAUUAUUAGUUCCUCUUUAUAUGGCACAAAUAUUUGUUAAAAUAAUGUUUUCUUGUAUUAUUCUUUGUGUUAUUCAUUCUUUAAUAUUAAUUCCUGCACUAAUUGUAUUGUCUGAUGGAAUUUUUUGGAAUUUAUCUUUACUUUGCCAUAACACAGAAUCUGUGCCAAAUUCUAUAGAAAGUUAA